UGUGCUCGCGACGCCAUCUUGCGGAGCGCGACCAAACGCUUUGACGCGGCACAGCCUCUUUGUUUUCCUUUCUCUUUACCUUUCUUGUUAUUUUACUCGUGUUUCGCGAUUUAAGGAUUGCCCCGCUGAUCGAUUGACUGUCCAGCUGUGUCCAGCCCGAUGUUGGCCGUCGUCUGGAUCGUUUGAUUGAAGGAACGAUAGAUAGGGUGCCCUGAGACGGCACCGAGUAAGGAAAUUAGGUUAGGAUCUGUCUGCUGUGUCGCUACGACAUGGACCUGUCCAAAGUGCCGAACGAGAAAAAACUGCACCUUUGCAAGUGGUACUUUCGCGCUGGUUUUGCACUGCUGCCAUUCCUAUGGGCUGUGAAUGCGAUUUGGUUCUCAAAAGAAGCUUUCAUAGCACCACCUUACGAAGAACAGAAGCAGAUUAAAAGAUACGUAAUUUUCUCUGCUAUUGGCGCGAUCAUCUGGACAGCCGCCCUAAUAGCUUGGAUAAUCAUCUUUCAAACUCAGAGAGCCGCGUGGGGUGAAUUCGCUGACGCUAUCAGCUACAUAAUUCCCACUGGCAUUCCUUGAGCUUAACUCCUCGUUUCAAUACACGAUAAUUUAUUGCAGAAAUAUGUGCAUUAAACAAUUGUAUAUUAGACUUUGUAAUAUAUUUACGUCGUAAUAUAAUUAUAAUUACAAAUUUAUAUGGUAACAUUUGAUAUUUAGCAAUAAAAAAAUAACAUUCUUUUA